AUGAGACUGUCGUUGCAUAAAUUGAGCGGAUGGCUGCGUCGCUUCUACACCGGCAACAAUCAUCGAGAAAGUCAUCCGAGACGACAGAACCCGAAAAAGUCUGACUUGAACAAGAAUUUGGAAUCGAGGACUUCGAGUGAUACAGAGACAGAGUGUGUCCAGCAUCAUACCAUCGUCAAGGCCAGCACGAUGGCUCCUCAUAUGCUUGAAUCCGACUCUCCCAUAAGGACGAGAAUUGGUAUACCGGACAGCGAGGAGUACGACAAAAUGAUAGCAGAACUUCCUUUCCGAGUCAUAUCUUGCCCUCUACUCCAGGCUAAGAAGCUUGAGGCACGGCGUUUCUGUACUAGAUAUAAUGUCGACGAUGAGAUUCUUAAAGACGAUACGAUACCCUUACAUGAGCUGUUCAUGGGUCUACGUAAAGAGCGAGAGCGCUUGCUUCGCACAGUCAUCGGGACUGUUGGUCAAGGACCAGUCAUUGAACCACCGUUCCAUUUUCAAUAUGGCUGUAACAUUAUCCUUGGUGAUUCAUUCUACGCAAAUGUCAAUCUACGGAUCAUGGACAGCGGGCUUGUGACUAUUGGCAAUCGAGUUUUGAUCGGACCGAACGUCACCAUAGUCACCGAGCUCCAUGAGAAGGAAAUUAUGUCUCGUCGAAGUGGCAAGGUGUUUGCCAAACCAGUUACGAUCGAGGACGAUUGCUGGAUAGGGGUCGGGACCACAAUCCUUCCUGGAGUAACGAUAGGCAGGGGCUCAGUCAUCGGCGCUGGGUCUAUUGUGACUAGAGACGUUCCCCCUGCUAGUGUUGCAUGGGGAGACCCAGUACGGGUGGUCGAACCCGUUAGCGACGCCGAUGCCGUCUUUGCUGAGAUGACUUAG